GGACCUAGGAAUGAUGAUCGGGAGGGGUUUUCCUUUAUUUUUUUCUUUUUUCUUUCUUUUUUUGUAUUUUUAGAAAAGAAAAAAAUGACUUGACGGCCGAGAACAGGCUGUCGCUCGGCGGUAGCCCUUAUGCCAAGCUUCAUGCUCGUCGAGUUUGCGCUACAUUGUAACGGCGCUCUUCGAGGCCACAACUACUCUCUUCAGUUUAGCUCAGCGCUCGGACCGUGUCGCUUCGUGACGCUUUGGUAUCCACGCUCCUGUGGAUCCUUCCGAUCUGACAGAAGAGAUCUUUCUCUUUCUCUCUCUUUCUUUAUCUCUCUCUCUCUCUCUCUCUCUCUCUCACUCUCUCUCUGUAUCUUUCUUUUUCUCUCUGUCUCUGUCUCUGUCUGUCUGUCUGUCUCUCUCUCUCUCUCUCUCUCUCUCUCUCUCUCUCUAUCUUCCUCGAUUUUCAGUCGCUAAGUAAAAUCGUGCCGGUGAAAGAUAAAGUUCCUUCUUCUUCCUCUUCUUCUUCUUCUUCUUCUUCUUCUUCGUCUUCUUCGUCUUCUUCGUCUUCUGUUUGGAUUAUCAAGGGAUCUUAAACAGUGUGAAAUUCAUAAAAGGAAACUAAGAUCGUCCAAAGAGGAUGGCAUAAAACGGAAUAUUAUUCUCGGCCGGCAGCAUGUGCUAUGUUAUAGUCACUGGUCGCAGUCUCCUCUGGACGCUUCUGUCUUUAGCGGCGUUAAUGGCCGUUUUAUCGGCACUCCUUACCCCGAAAUGGCUCGUCGGACCGCACACGAUUAAGGACACGAAAAAUGGCACGGAAUUGUUCGUGCCGACGGUUGGAAUCUUCAAUCGUUGCACAAGAUUAUAUGGAAGAACGCAUUGUGCUAAUUUCAACAUUGACGGAUUUGCGACGCAUUCCUCAGUCUUUCCAGGAUUCUGGAAAGCUUCUCUCUUCUUCAUAUCUUUUGGUUUGGCCGUGAUGACGAUGACCGUAUUGGCUGCUCUUAUCGGAUGCUGUAUUCAGAGUAUCGGAAGAAAGAGUAUCUUUGAUCUGGCUGGUGUGGCACAAGCAAUAGCCGGAAUACUUUACUUAGUCGGAUUGAGUUUGUAUCCCGCUGGAUGGGGUGCUGAAAGGGUACGAAGAAUUUGCGGUCCAGAAGCUGAUGCCUUUCAUCUAGGGGAUUGUACUCUCGGUUGGGCUUUUUAUAGUGCCGUAAUAGGUACUGGCCUAACUUUUGCGGCGGCUAUGCUCAGCGGACAAGCCGAAAAAUCGACGGCAAGUGAUAAGGUUCAAGAUAAGAUGAACGAGGGCAGGACGCUAAUAUGUUUGGCUUAAAAAAAAAGAAAAAAGAAAAAAAUAAAUAAAAAGAAAGAGAUGUCAUUAAAAAUAUUAUAAAAAUAAAAAUGGUGAUAUUUGUUUGGAUAUUCUAUUAAGAAUCCUCGUGUAUUUAAAAAAAAAAAAAAGAAAAACCUAUUAUGGGACCAAGCGACAAGUUAUGUGAUUGACAUUAAAUAUAGAAAGCAUAAUUAUUAUUAUUAUUAUUGCUUUCGUUUUUUCUACAGGAACGUUUCGAGUACUUAUUCGUAGGAUAUCUUUCGAAAAUAAUGUUCGAUAUUAAUCGAUAUACGAAUGUGUGUAUUGUAUACGAUAUUCAUUUAAAGUAUUAUAUACAUGGUGGAUGAUUUGAAGUCUCAUUAGAAUAUGUAACAUUUAUAAUACAGAUUUGUAAUAAAGUUAGUGUAUAUACAUAGAUAUAUUUUUUUAUUCUCUUACAAGAAAGCUAUAUACAAUUUUAAGAAAUAAAAAAAUUAAGAAAUGUGUACUGAAACAUGCAAUUCCUAUUUUAUUAAAUCUUUUUAUUUUUAUUCCUUAUUGUAAUUAAUAAUUAAUAUGAUUUAAUAAUAACGAUUAAAAAAUAAUAUAAGUUUUAAACAGUCUAUUUAUUUCGAGUGUUACAAUUUUACAAAGACAUAAGAGUCGAGAAAAUGUUAUCUCGUGGUAACUUCUGCGCAAUAUUUUUAAUAAAUACGACCAAUUCUUUUUCUUACUUUUACGCAUCGGUUUUGACCCUGAAAUUGAAAGAUGUAAGUUUGUAUAUAUAUACAUAUAUAUAUAUAUAUAUAUAUAUAUAUACAUACAUACAUACAUAUAUAUAUAUAUAAAGAAAACUAUCAUCGUAAAUUCCGUACUGCCUGCCAUGAGCGAUCGCAACGAAAAUCACAUACCCCUGGUUAAUCUUUUAUCUUCUAGCCAAGACACAAGCAAUUAUUACGAAAUUGAUUCAAGGCACGAAAAGACAGAAAUGCAAAUUUGAUCGAUCCUUAAAGCAGUUAUGUAUUUAUUCGUACGAAAUAACAAUGAGCCAAACGACGAUCAAUCGACAUUCCUUUCUGUCAACUUGGCUCGCCAAUAACAAACAUAUAAAGUACAUUGGAAAUAUUAUUUUUGAUAUUAUUCUUACGAUUACGUAUCCAUGUAUGUAUGUAUUAUACUUUCGUAGUCUUCGAUUUAUCCUAU